AUGACCGAAAAAAGCGAUAAUCAAGACGCUGAAGAUACAGACGUAGAGGAGUGUCUUCUUACUGUAUGCUGCAGAUCUGGGAAACUUGGAGCCGCUGCCUAUACAUUACAAACUGGAGAGAUUCAAAUACUAGAAGAAAUAGUAGAUAGGCCACCAGAACAUCAAAUAUUUCUGUCAUUAUUUCGCCAAAUGGACCCUAUCAAAAUAAUAGUAGAUGGAAAAAGUCAGAAUACCCUUAUAAGUACUGCUAAGAAUGUUGUUUUCAAUGAAAAAGAUAAUCAGGAUGUCAAAUGCAAACUUGUUUUUUUGUCUUCUAAAGAUUAUAAUUUUGAAGCUUGCAAACGUCGAAUUCUAACUCUAUCACUGCCCAAUGAACCGGUGAACUGUUCUGAUGAAGAAAGAACCACGUUUCUUCGCACAAUCGUUGAUUUUUCGCAAAACCAAACUGUCCAUGCUCUAGGCGCGAUGCUAAGAUAUUUGGACUUUAAUUGGUCGAACUUAUGUAUGGACUUACAUAGUAAACCACUGUUUAUGGGGAUAAAGAGGAUUUCCUUGUGUGAUAUAGUGACGAUGGAUGAAGACACUUAUCACGGCCUGCAAAUAUUCAGUACACUUUCCCACCCUAGUAAUUUCAAGAAAGGCGUGCAGGGGUCCAAUAAAGAGGGUCUGUGUCUUUCACAGCUUUUUAGUAAGUGUUCCUCGAAGGUUGGACAUCGACGUAUGAGAGUUCUUCUUCGCCACCCAACCAAGGACUUAGCAUCACUCAAGCGUCGUCAGGAUGUCAUAGAAUACUUCAUGAAGCCACAAAGUGAUACUGUCAUGAGGAACAUUUGUUCUUCGCUGAGAUAUAUCAAGAACGUUAAUAUGGCGUUAUACAUGAAUAGGAUAAUAGAUUUUGAUCUAUCCAAGUCCGAAGGAAAGUUUACAGUAAGAGCUGGCGUUGACGCUGACUUAGAUAUGAAAAAACAGACCAUGGCUAGCCUCCACAAUCUAAUGUCGGAAACGGCAAAGAUAGAAAUGGAUCGUCUCCCGUCGUUUAUAGAGGAAUGCACAAUGCUUUAUAUGCCACAUUUGGGAUACUUAUUAGGAGUGAAAGCCUGGGCUGAACAUCUUACGAUGGAACAGAAGGAACUCCCUAAUAUGAGAUUUAUGUUUCAAAACAACGAUUAUAUUCACUACAAAAGCAAAGGCUGCGAAGAACUAGAUGUGAUGAUUGGCGAUACAUACCCUGAAAUAGUAGCACACGAGACUCGUAUAAUGAUGCGCCUGACUUCAAUAAUACUGGAGAACUUGCAUUCGCUAGCCGCACUCAUAGACAAAUGCGCGGAGUUGGACUGUCUCAUAUCGAUAUCAAAAGUUUGCAAAGAGCUAAAUUUCGUCCGCCCCAUUCUGACGAGAGAGAAGAUCAUACAGAUAGAACAGGGUAAACAUCCCCUAUACCUCACAACUUGUGAUAAUUUUGUACCCAACGAUGCGGUAAGCAGUCAAGAAGCUGGAUUCGUUAAGAUUUUAACGGGACCGAAUUCGAGCGGAAAAUCGGUUUAUAUGAAACAAAUCGGUCUAAUUGUAUAUCUAGCGCAUAUAGGUAGUUUCGUCCCAGCCGAGUCAGCAACUAUUGGGAUAGUUUCCAAUAUAUUCACUCGCAUACAGUCAACUGAAUGUAUUGCUUCGCACAUGUCCGCAUUUCUUAUUGACCUUAAGCAGAUGGCAAUAGCACUUCAAGAAUCGACCACAAACUCUCUGGUAUUAGUCGACGAAUUCGGCAAAGGCACCUCCGAAACAGAUGGUCUAUCAUUAUUGGCGGCAUGUCUCAAUACUCUCUUGUUUAGAGGGCAAAACUGCCCACACGUUUUCCUGUCCACUCAUUUUCUAAAUAUUAAAGAGUUUAUCGUCGACACGCCAAUUAUUAAAUUUUUGAGCUUUGAGCAUAUAAUUCAAGAUGGCGAGCCAGUAUUCUUGUUUCAUGUAAUUGAGGGUAGAUGUGAAUCAAGUUUUGCACAUCAAGUGGCGUGUUCAAGUGGUAUAGAAGAGCGGGUAGUGAAAAGAGCUGAAGAAGUUUUCCAAGCACUCAAGGUUCAUCAGUAG